ACUGCACACACACACACACUGCUCUCAGGACUAAGGUUCACCUGCAGUGCCUGCGUGGUUCCUGUCAGUCGACAUGGCGUCCUCCAACAGGCAGCUGACUUCCUUCUUUAUUGAAGACAUUCUGUCUCUGAGGGAAGAGAAGGGAGAUGAGACGAGUGGCGGUGGAGCUGAAAGUCAGACCGACACACGGUGCUGUAGAGACGGGGGAGAGAGCCACGACGCUCUGCUCAUAGCCGCGUUAGCCUCCAGACCUGCUUCACCUGAUGAUUCGGAAAGGACAAACUCUCCGACAGACGCGACCACCGACGCCGACGAGCCGACGCCGAACCACCACGCGCAGACUCUGUCUCAGAAGCAGAAGCGCUCGCGCGCCGCCUUCACGCACCUGCAGGUGCUCGAGCUGGAGAAGAAGUUCAGCCGCCAGCGGUACCUGUCCGCGCCGGAGCGCGCGCACCUGGCCGCCGCGCUGCACCUCACCGAGACCCAGGUGAAGAUCUGGUUCCAGAACCGGCGAUACAAAACCAAGCGGAGGCAGCAGCUGGAUUGUUACCGCAAGGGCUCGGAGGGAAACGCUGCGCUCGCCGCCGCCGCCACAGUGGAAGAGGACUUGCUCAGAGCGUCACUGCUCGCCACCAUGUACACGUGCUAUCCGUACCGGCCGUGCGUUUAUAAUCCACAGGGACUGGGUGGUGCGUGGAGGCCCACGGUGUGGUGACCGGGACACAGAGGAAGGGAGGCUUUAAAUUAAAAAAGAAAAAGAAAAAAAAUCAAAUGUGUUUUAUUGUCUUGUACAGCUUUGUAUUCAAAAAUAAACUUAUGCUUUUGUUUUUUAA